GGGCGGAAAUGGGGGCGGAGGGAGACGUCGACUUCCGGAUGCGCAGCCCGAUACAAGAUGGCUGCCACUAAGCGGGUCUUAUAUGUGGGCGGCCUUGCAGAGGAGGUGGAUGAGAAGGUCCUUCAUGCUGCUUUUAUUCCCUUUGGAGACAUCACAGACAUUCAGAUACCGCUGGAUUAUGAAACAGAAAAACAUCGAGGAUUUGCAUUUGUUGAAUUCGAGUUGGCAGAGGACGCUGCAGCAGCUAUUGAUAACAUGAAUGAGUCUGAGCUCUUUGGAAGGACAAUUCGCGUCAAUUUGGCCAAGCCCAUGAAAAUCAAAGAAGGCUCUUCCAGACCGGUGUGGUCAGAUGAUGAGUGGUUGAAGAAAUUUUCUGGGAAGACACUUGAGGAGAAUAAAGAGGAAGGAGCAUCAGAGACUCCCAAAUCAGAAGCCCAGGAGGGAGAGCCUCCAGUCAAAAAGGCGAGAGCCAAUCCUCAAGUGUACAUGGAUAUCAAGAUUGGAAACAAACCUGCCGGCCGAAUCCAAAUGCUUUUGCGUUCCGAUAUUGUCCCCAUGACAGUAGAGAAUUUCCGUUGUCUGUGUACCCACGAGAAGGGCUUUGGCUUCAAAGGAAGCAGUUUCCAUCGCAUCAUCCCACAGUUCAUGUGCCAGGCCGGGGAUUUCACCAACCACAAUGGCAGUGGAGGCAAAUCCAUUUACGGGAAGAAGUUCGAUGAUGAGAACUUUAUUCUGAAACACACAGGGCCAGGGCUGCUCUCCAUGGCCAAUUCUGGCCCAAACACCAACGGCUCCCAGUUCUUCAUCACUUGUGACAAGACAGACUGGCUCGAUGGAAAGCACGUGGUCUUUGGGGAAGUCACUGAAGGCAUGGACGUUGUACAGAAGAUUGAGGCUCAAGGCAGCAAAGAUGGGAAGCCGAAACAGAAAGUGAUCAUCUCAGACUGUGGCGAGUACGUGUGAGGGGCUCUCUUCUUUCUCCUCCUGGACUCCCAGCUGAGUCGCACCGGCACAAGCGAGAAGGAAACGUCUGAGACGCCUGGUUGGAAAGGGCCUUGUCCUGUCUGGUGAAGGACGGCCCAAAGCGUGGCGGCCUCGUGGGCCUCCUCGUGAGUGAGCACUUUACUGCGGUCUGCCUGUGGAGACCUGGAGACCUUCAGGAAAUUAAGGGGAGAAGAUUGCGGAUGGAUUUCGUGACUCCUUGGGUCAGGAGCCCUCCUACUCGGGGUCUGUUCUGGUCCUGCAAGUGUUGUUUUUGUGUCAUUUUUAUUGUGUAAAAAUAAAUUCUAAUUUUUCUA